GCACGCUUCAUUGUUUAUAGACGCUUAACGCGUGUUCUCUCUUUCGAUGUACUUACAAUAGUUAUUUAAAAAUGCUUACUUUAUUAGGAGAAUUGAAUUUAUGGACGUUCGAUGACAAUAUUAAUAUAAAGAACACGGAUCAUGGUGCAUUUCGAUACCAUGAUAAACGUAUCGAUGGUAUAUACGAAGAAGGGAAAAGAUCGUAUAGUCAAAAACGUGGUAUGACUUAUGUUCCAACAAACAAGAAAGGAAAUAAAUUGAAAGACUCUAUCAAACAUUUGGAAGAACAACUCAGAGAUAAUUCGACUAUAUAUUGUCAAUGGUAUGAUCACAGUGUCCUGCAAAUUAUGUUAAACAAUGGUCUCUUGAUUUAUAUACAAAUUAAUAUUGAAACUGCCGAUAUAGUUAAAUGUACUUUUGAUAAAUAUCUAAUAGGGAAGUUAUGUGAUCAUAUAUCAGAUGUGUCAAUCACAAAGACUCAUCUGAUUUGUACGUAUAACGAUAAUCAAAUAACAACUGUAUAUUUUACGAAACCUAGAAGACAUGCUUUCGAUAAAAUCAGUAAAUUGGAACCGAAAUUGAGUACGAGUGAUCUGUUUGGCUCUAACGGACGUAGACUGGAUAAAAAGAUUGAAAUCAACAAGCCUGGUGAUUUGAUAUUAAUUUGGUGGAAAUCUACGAUGAACGAAGUGUAUCCAUGGAGUCCUGUAGUCAAGGAACACGAUCGUGCAAAUAUACACCUUUAUCGCCUUACCGGAACAAAAUUGGACUUAAUAUGUUACGUACGCACUGAGUUUGAUCCUUUAUGUAUAAAAUUUGAUAUACAUCAUGAAAAUGUCAUUCAUUCUGUAGAACAAAAAGUAUCAAGAAAGGGUGAAGUUACGAUUGAAUGGCGUACGUAUGAAGUAUCGCAACAAGACAAAUUGCAAAGAAUUGCUAUUAUCUCUAUACCAUUACCGACUCAUACGAGUUGCGUAAAAUUUUCGCCUAAUCAAGAAUUAUUAUUAUUAUGCUGCAUAGAUGGUUCCGUAAUGUUGUACGAUGAAACGAAAGCUACGAUUAUUAAUAUAAAAGCUGCCUUUAUACCAACGCUAGCAUCCUGGCAUAACGAUGGAAUGAUAUUUUCUAUUGGAAACGAUAGAGGCCAAUUUCAACAUUUUGACAUUGCCUUGCAUUGUAUCAGAAAUCAAAUGUUAAAUGACGAAACAUCACCAGCAAAUAUUCUUGAUUUGUCAUCUUAUUUCAGGAGCCAACCGGCAUUAGUACGUAUGGAAUGGAAUAAAAGAAAUCAAUUAAAUUCUCAUAUUAGUUAUUACAGUUACGGAGACUCGUUGUUUUUAUUACUUUUCGAGCGGGGUCCGAUAGGAGUCAUUAGAGUAGUCGAAGGAGAUAAUCUUUCAGGAGAUAUAUUAGUAAGAAGAUAUUUAAUGCUUUCUCAAAUCGAACAAGCCACGUCUUUAUUGUUACGUUUAAAUUGGGACACUCAUCCACGUAUUUGUAUGCAUUCUCUCAACCAAAUCUUAAAUUAUUUAUUCAAGUUACCAUUAACGUCCGAACACGAAAGUUUCAUACAAAAUGCAUUGGGUAGUUUUCAUGUACCAAUUAGGCCAAUAAGUCAAGCAAUCGAAGACGAAUAUGGAGACGAAGUGAGAGACUUGACAAGACGAUUUUUUCAUCAUUUACUAAGAUAUCGCAUGUUUGAGAAAGCUUUCAGACUUGCCAUAGAUCUGAACGAUCACGAUCUUUUUAUGGACAUUCACUUUUAUGCUUUGGUUGUAAACGAUAUGGAAAUGGCAAACGCGGCAAAGGAAAAGGCCGAACAAAUUUUAAGCAGAUCGAAUAGUUGCAAUUCCUCGCAUUCUACGUGUUCCCGAGAAUCUUGUUCUUUAUGUUCUGAAUUAACGAGCGAUAAAGGAGAAGAAUCUUAUAGCGACGAAAGUGAAAACUCAACGAAAGAAGAUGAAACGACCAUAAAGUAUCCCAAAAGAUACAAUUACAAAAAAAAUUCCAACAACCACAUUCCACCCUUACCAAUUCUCUACCCUUCUUAUUACGACGACAAAACUCUUUUACCUGCAUCACUGAACAAUGAUCCUACUAGUAAUAAAACUGACUACAAUAUUAUUUCCACAUCUUUCAAUACACCCAGUAAUACUUUGGCAAAUACUAAUUUUAACGAUUCCUCUCAUAUCCCCGUAUCUAAUACUUUCUUUGCAUCGACAUCUUUUAGUACACCGACAUACGUGACCCGUGCUAAUUUAACAUCGAUAUCAACGGUAAACUCGAUUAACAGAGUACAACCUUACAAUAAAUUUUCCGAAGAUUUAAUGACCACAUCUUUUGGAAAUAUAUCUCUUGGCAAACAAAAAUCAUCCUCUCUUGAUCGUAAACAUCGUGACGAUAUAUUACAAUUAAUGAUUAAUAAGUCGGGAACGAGUGAUAAGCAAUAUAAUACCAAUGAUCGUUCCGUCGAAGAUAAUGUCCAAACUAUACCCGAAGAAAAUAAUUUUAUAUCAACUUCAUUCAAUAAUUCGACUUACGAAUUUGUCUUGGACAAUGUUCCUUCUUCCUCGUUAAUUCCAUCUUUGAGUAAUAUCGACAAUAAUAUUAUGUCGACAUCUUUCAGUACAAUGACCUGUAAUACUUCGGUUUCACAUCAUUCUGAUAAUAAUUCAGGAUCAAAUAUACAAUGCGAAAAUACACCCUUCUGUUAUUCCUCGAGUAUUAGGAACAAUGAUUCAUCGAGUAACGUAGUGUCUCAAAUAGAUACAUCUAAUACGGUUAUACAAUCGAAUAAAUUAACAACCACGCUUCACAAAGCUAAGAACAACGCGUUAUUUGCUACGAGUAAAUAUUCUGAAAAUCCUACGACAUACGACAACAAUAUAAAAGCUUUUCGCGCUGAGGAUAAUCUUUACAUGGAUCAUCAUCAAAAAAUUUGUAAAAAACAAUCCAGUAAUGACAUUCCACCACCACCUUCUAUAACAUCUUCUUUUACGAAUUAUCUUCAAAAUUUACAGAGAAAAAAUUUCUCCCUUUCUCAAAGUACUCUCGGAUUAACGAGUAUUGACGAAUCGAGUCAAAAGAUCUCAUCUGCUAAGGUAAUGAAUAUAGCACCGUGUAUUUUGCAAAGACAAAAUUCUGCAUCUAACAUUUUACAAGAUCCAUGUCUUCAUAGUAAUUCCAAAACUUGUAGAAUUAAUUCUGAUCUCGCUUAUAUACCGUAUCACGGAAGUUGCGACAGUAUCAAUGUCACUAUGCAACAUACAAAUAGCAACAAAAUCGGCUCAACGAAUGCUUCGAGUUAUUCGCAUUCUGCGUAUAAUCUGCAAAGUAGAUUACUCGAAGGUAGACAUAUAAAAGUAGGGUCACAGAUUGCUAUAAAUAGUAAUACUGGUAAAGAGAUCAAAACGUCGUCUAACAUACCUCCAUUACCUAUUGUAAAUACAUCCAAUUCCUCCAAUUCAAAAACCUAUUCCAUGUGCCCCGCAUUCAUGGAUACGCCAAUGUCGACCAAUGAAAAACCGAAAGUAAAAUUUUCAGAUACGGUUACGCAUAUAUUAGUACCUGGCACGAAUCAAUCUCAUAGACAGAAACGUUCAACCGUUACACAAUUACACGUAACAGAUCCGAAACGUGAAUUAGCAGAAAGUUUACCAUUGUGCCUUGGAAAUGAAGAUUAUUUAAAAGAUUUUCAACCCUUGUCUAAAGAUGCAGAUAAUGAAAUUUCAAAGGAAUCUUCGAAAUCUGAGGAAGGUUCUAAAAUAAAAGUUGUUCAUUUCGGUUUGUUAUAGUUACACGUAAUGUUCCAAUGAUAAUCCUGCCUUUCAUAAAAAUCAUAUUCAAUUUGAUAUUGAAAAUAUUUGACAAAUUAUCGUUUAUAUAUGCAAAAACGUAUUUACAUGCAUGUGUGUUUGUAAAUUUUUAUCAAGUUUUAUAAUAAAUACCUUUUUCCCAGUAUA